CCGUUAAUUCUCUUUCGUUAUCAUCAUGUGAUGACUGAGAUUUUCUUUUAUCAACUUGAAUUUAAUCUUUUCUAUUCGCUGAAAAGUGAAGGUGAAAAGAAAAUGGCUCAACGUGAAAUCUAAUGUUUAUUUCCACUUUACUCUAACCAGUGAAUAUGGAAAAAGAAUCAAUGAAAAGGUCUCAUGGUAAUAAGUUCUGGUGCUUAUGGCAAGCUUCAAAUGAGAUAAAUUAUCCAAACAAUCAACUUGGCUGGAAUGAUACUCUUUAUCGACGACUUUAUUCAACAAUUAAACGAUCUCGAUCAGAAUCAAAAUCAAUCGAUUCUGGAAGAAGAUCUAAACGAGGUCUUUUCUCUAAUAACUCAUCGCCCUUUUCAUCAUUCUCAUCAACAAACUCUAGCUCAUCUUUAUCAACCUCAUCCUCUUUCUCUGAUACCACAGAAACAUUAUCUUCAUCUUCAUCAUCCACCUCAUCACAUUCCCAUGGUGGAAUAUUCAACCUAAGUUUCACUCCCGAUGGAUCUUUAUUAUUAGCAGCGACCGAGGGAAAAGCGAUACUUGCUUACGAUCCAUAUACACACCAAUUGGUUAAAACAGUUCCCGAUGCCCAUGAUGCUGCUCUCAAUUACAUCAAAUUUUUAGAUGAUCGACUUUUCGCAACUUGUUCAGAUGAUUGUACUAUUGCCUUAUGGGAUCUCAGGAAUCUGUCAUCUAAAUUACGGACAUUGAGGGGACACUCGUAUUGGGUUAAGAAUGUUGAAUAUGAUACACGAACUCGAACCUUACUUAGCUCUGGAUAUGAUGGUUGUAUCUACAUGUGGGAUAUCAACAAAUAUGAUGCAACAUCAUUUGAUCAUCCAAACGGGAAUCCAAUCCAUUUUACAAAGCCUCUAUUUCUUUCCUGCCUAAUGAGAAUGAGAUUAACCCAUGAUAGCUCAAAAAUGAUAAUCUGCACCUCAGAGGGAUACAUUAUGAUUAUUCAUGAUUUAAGAUUAGAAAAAUUGGAAAAAGAUUUAGCUGGUUUCCAAUCUGAUCUCUAUCGGCUCAUGCAAAAGCGACAUUCAUGUGGAUUUGACUUUGGCUCCUGGUUUAAUCCACUUUUUACUACUCGACGUAACAGAAUUGAGUUGAUUUCAGAUUUUCCGCCCAAGAAUGAAUCGCAUUCUAUUUUUUCACUUGAUGUCCACCCACAUAACUGGUCAAUCAUAUCUCGUAAUAUAAGUAGGGAUGAAAACUCUGAAUGGACUUGUGUCCAUGACAUUCAAGGUGAUAAAUGGCCUUAUCAAACUGUUCCUAUCGAUGUACCUAAACAAGGUAUAUUUGUUAGCCAUCCAAGUACUCGAGUCACAAUCAUGUCCACCAAUUUAUCUUCAGACGUGACAGAAUCCGGAUCCAGUGGUACAAGAAACAUUGCUCAAGCAUUAAAUAGUCGCCUCUCCAAUCAGUCAUCAACAUUAUCGUCAACCCAAGACUCAAGUUCUGUAUCAACAGCAGCGUCUUCCUCUUCAACAGCACCAAUAACUCUCACAACAACAACAACAACAACAACUUCUACAUCAUCAUCUUCUUCCAACUCGGUACCCGAUCUUCACGUUAGUCCUGUGGUGAUAAUCAGUGCAAGAACAUUAAACCGUCGAGCUCAUGCAACCAUAUUAGCACCAAAUGCUAGUUACCGACAAAUUGAACCCGGUACUCAAGAUCCACCCAGAAUCUAUCGUAAUCUUGAUAGAUUAACACAUUACUGUGAAGAACUGAAUGUUGGACCAGGUUUCAUAAAGGAAUUGUGCUUCUCACCCGAUGGACGAAUAAUCUGUUCCCCAUACGAAUGUGGAAUCCGUUUUCUCUCAUUUAAUUCCAAUUGUAGUGAAAUGUCAUCGGCGACCAGUGAUAUACCUCAGCCAUUACACGAGCUUAAGACUAUCUCACAUCACUCAAAUCUCGUGGUGACAACAAAAUUUUCACCAAACAACUUUAUGUUAGCCUCUGGAUGCCUCGAGGGCAAGGUCAACUUUUAUCAACCUGCUUUGUAACAAUUGAAUUUGUUAAAUCAACGGGAGGUGAAAUUUUGAUACAAAUUCAACAAAUGGACAUAUUAUAAUUCAAUUAAUUUCUUUACUAAUUGAAUUGGUAAAUACCCGAUCUCUAUAUUGUAAUUAAUUAAUGAACGACAACUAAAUUUGUCAAAAGGAAAUUAUGAUUAUAAUUGCAAUUUAAAUUCUCCAACAACUCUAUGGUAAAUGGAAUUAACAUUCAAUCGCAAUUUCAACACGACAAUUUAUUCCCUGUUUGUUUAAAACAAUCACAUUUCGAUGGCAAAAGCUAAUUGCAAUUAAAACCUUUUCUCCAAGAUUAACAAAGUCAACAUAACAAAUAACGAUGACAAAAAUAUAAGACGAUUAAUUAAUUUAAUACACAUAACCAAUCAGGCAUUAAACUCAGUCAACUCUUUGUAUCUAAAAUGUUUAAUCAAGCUAAUUAAUUAGCUCUAAUUAACAUGAUAAAUGUAUAAAUAUUAUAUUAUAUAUACAAAGAUUAUCAUAACAGUUGAUUGUCUAACUGUUUUCACAAUCAAAUUGUUUUCAAAUUUAAUGUCACCUUGAUGAAACAAAAACAAAAAGUUCAACAAUCUCCUUUCAUUGAUUCAGUCAAUUUGAAGACAAAUUAAUACAAUCAACUGAAUUACAAUCAAAGGUGUCAAGAAAAUUGUAAUUUAAAUGUAUCAUAAUUUUCUUACAUUAAUCUAAUCCUGUCAAUGUUUAACAUACGAAAAAAAAAACUAUUGUAAUAUUAAUAUUUAACAAAACAAAAGCACGUAAGUGAAUUAAAAUGUUUCCAAUGAUAA